AUGGGCCCCAAGGCAGCCACGCCAGACGAGAGACUCCAGUUCAUCCUGCAAUGUCUACACUCGAUCCGAGAUGCGGAUGGCAAGGUGGUCGCACCAAACUACAGAGCUCUGAGCCGUCUCCUCAACAUCAAAAAAAACACCGCGUACGUACGGUACCGUGAUAUUGUCAACCGAGAGAUCAGUAACGGCGUGCCCGGUUUGCAGCCCGUUGGAAAAAAGGCCAUCGCCAUGGCUGCCGCGAAGCAGAAGAACAUGGCGAGUUAUCCGCCGCAGCUGACGCCCUCGAACACGCCAAACAUGACAGUACCCACGGCUACCUGCGGUCCCUCGAAAGACAGCUUUGUGCUGAGAGAUCACAUGCCUUUGACGAUUUUCGACUACGACGAACAUGAAUGGGAUUCCAUCGUCACGCCCAAGAUGAAGAAACAGAAAGUGAACAGAUCGCAGACGUCAUCAAAGGUGGGCUCUCCGUCCAGAACGCUUAAGUCCACGCCACACAGCAACUUUGAUCUCGGAGGUGGGCAUCCGUCGUUCCUCUGCUUCAGUGCCGCAGCCGACCCACUCAGUGUAGGAGUCAACCAUGCAAGGGAAGAGAUAGACCUCGACUCAGAAGCUGAUGCUGAAGGGGAGACGGAUUCAGACUGUUAA